CCGGAUAUUUCCGCAAUAAUCACGGUUUUAUUGUGCAUUCAGAAAUUAUUCCCAUCUUCCAGUCAAGAAUUUUUUCUCCGGAUACUCGAGAGAAAGCCCUUCAAUUCAGAAUCACCGCUGCUUGUGGUGCUGGGUUUCUAUUUUGUCGGUCGAAUCGUCGCAGGAAUUGGAAAUGGUAUGAACACAAUCGCUAUUCCAAUUUGGCCAGCAGAAACUGCUAGUGCGGAAGAUAGAGGAAAGCUCAUUGUGGCUCAAUUGGUUACCAAUAUAUUUGGAAUUGUUAUUACAAAUUGUAUGAACUAUGGAUUCACAUUUAUUCCCGACAACCCUGUUAGCUGGCGUUUCCCGCUUGCUUUUCAGUGUUUCUUUGCGCUGGUCACUAUCGCAAUGGUGCUCAUUAGCCCGGAAUCGCCACGUUGGCUGGUUAUGAAACAUCGAGUUAGCGAAGCUCGGGAUGUCCUAUCCCGAUUGAUGAAUAUGUCCACCGAUGAUCCAGUGGUUGUUGACCAGAUUCAAAAUCUCGUGGCAACGUUCACUUUACGUCGCAUACUACUUGGCGCGGGAACUGCCUUCUUUCAGCAAGUUGGAGGAACAAAUGUCAUUGCAUACUAUUUACCAAUCGUUCUGACGCGCUCUGUCGGACUCAGUAAUUGCAUGUCGUUGAUUCUUUCAGCCGUCGACGCGAUGUCUCUAAUGUUUUGGGGUGGAAUGGCCGCGCUGGUUAUUGACCGUGUGGGUCGCAAGCGACUUAUGUUAUUUGGCGCGACUGGAAGGAGCGUUUGCUUUGCACUUGUCGCGGUUGGAUUACGAUAUGGUGGACCAGACAACAAGGGAAUGUCCAUCCUUGCCGUUGUCUUCAUAUUCCUAUACUACGUCUUUUAG